AGACCUUUGACGAACCUCGACAUCUCAAACAGCACAGUUCGUGGACGCUGUGCUGAGGACGAGGACCGUGGUGACCUGUGCUCUAUCUUACCUAAGGUAGCUAAGGUAGCCUUUACCCUGGAGCCGCAUGAGACCAUGUUUGGCACACCUUGGCCAGGUCCUUCAAGGCUUCAGGCACUGGAGCGAGGCGUUCAUGGCAUUGCAACACAGAGACUCGCCCAUUCCGCCCUGUGGCUGGUGCACCAAUGCGCCCCCAUCCCCUCGAUCCGUCUUGUUGGACUCGAUCAAGGUUGCGCUAUCGCUGCCGCUUCAUAUCGAUAA